AUACCGCUCCUGACCAUACCAGGGGCCAUCCAAUCAGUUUCUCUCUCUACACUCGGUUUCCGAAACCCACUCUCUCUCUAACCCCUUUCUCCCUCUAAAACUCUCUCUCUCUCUAGAGCUCUUCCGUUUUUUUUCCGGCCAAAAAUGGGGAAGGAUGUGGAGGUUUCAGAGCAACCAGAGUUCACGGCAAAAGACUAUACUGACCCUCCUCCUGCCGCUCUCAUUGAUUUGGAGGAGCUGACAAAAUGGUCAUUUUACAGGGCACUGAUAGCUGAGUUCAUAGCUACUUUGCUGUUCUUGUAUGUGACAGUGGCCACAGUGAUCGGUUACAAGAGGGUGAGUGAAGCUGAUCAGUGUGAUGGGGUGGGAGUUUUGGGCAUUGCUUGGGCUUUUGGUGGGAUGAUUUUUAUCCUGGUUUACUGCACUGCUGGUAUCUCUGGUGGGCACAUCAACCCUGCCGUGACCUUCGGACUCUUCCUGGCCAGGAAGGUGUCUCUGAUCAGGGCAGUGAUGUACAUGGUGGCUCAGUGCCUCGGUGCGAUAUGCGGUGUUGGCCUGGUUAAGGGCUUCCAGAGCGCCUACUACAAUCGUUACGGAGGAGGGGCUAAUACCUUGUCUAAUGGUUACGACAAGGGAGUGGGGUUGGGGGCUGAGAUUAUUGGCACUUUUGUGCUCGUUUACACCGUCUUCUCUGCAACUGAUCCCAAGAGGAGCGCCAGGGAUUCCCAUAUUCCUGUGUUGGCACCAUUGCCAAUUGGGUUUGCAGUGUUCAUGGUGCACUUGGCCACCAUCCCAAUCACUGGAACAGGUAUCAACCCUGCUAGGAGCCUUGGAGCUGCUGUCAUCUACAACAACAAGAAAGCCUGGGAUGAUCAGUGGAUCUUUUGGGUUGGGCCCUUCAUUGGAGCUGCCAUUGCUGCUGCAUAUCACCAAUACAUUUUGAGGGCAGCUGCCAUUAAAGCUCUGGGUUCAUUCAGGAGCAACCCCAAUGUUUAAGAAAACUCCAGCUCUCUGUGUUUUGUGAAUGGGUUUGGGGAUCAAAGAGUGAUUUUUAGGAGAAAGAAUAAUGAGAAUGGAGUGGGCCACUUUCUCUCUCUCUCUCUCUCUCUAACUGUUUCUCCCUCCUUGGAUGUGUGCUUGGGCUGCUUCUCUCUAGACCAUCAGGUGGCCUGGAACUGUAGAUAAAUGUUGGGUUUUCCUGCAUUUAAUCCUCUCUAGAGUUCUCUCUUUCUCUCUCUAGUUUUUGGGUUUUGUAUGUUGGUCUGGUGUUCCUGUACUUAAAAAGAGAGGUUCUAGUGAAUAGUCAUGUGCUUUCUUUCACUUCCAAAUUCAAUUGGCUCGCUUGUUACCUUU